GGCACGGCUGCUUCUUUUCCUUAACAGAAACAUGCUUCUCUCAGUCCGGUCUCAUGUUAGAAGACUAUGUGCAGUAUCAACCAUGGCUUGCACUGAUUACAGAUACCUCGUCGUCUCUUAUCCAAAACCAGAAGCCUCACCGCCGCAAACCCACAUCGAUAAUCACUUAAACAUGCAAGAAAUCAACUUAGUUUUGAAGAAUCUAGUGAAAACAGGUCAUUUAAACAAUGCACGUCAACUGUUUGAUAAAAUGCUUCAAAGAGACGAAAUUUCAUGGACUACUAUAAUUUCUGGUUAUGUCAAUGGUAUGAACACGACAGAAGCCUUGUCUUUGUUUUCUAAAAUGUGGGUUGAGCCGGGUCUCCACAUGGAUCCCUUUAUUCUUAGUCUUGCACUCAAAGGUUGUGGGCUUAAUAUGAGUGUGAGCUUUGGUGAGUCAUUACAUGGGUAUUCGGUUAAAACUGAUUUUGUUAACUCAGUUUUUGUAGGGAGUGCACUUGUGGAUAUGUACAUGAAAAUUGGUAAAGUUGAAGAAGGUUGUUUUGUGUUUAAAGAUAUGCCUUUGAGGAAUGUGGUAUCUUGGACUGCUAUCAUAGCUGGGCUUGUCCGUGCCGGUUAUAAUAAGAAGGCUUUGGCUUAUUUCUCUGAUAUGUGGAUACAAAGGGUAGGGUGUGAUACCUACACGUUCUCUAGUGCGUUAAAGGCAUGUGCUGAUUCUGGUGCUUUGAAUUAUGGGAGGGAGAUUCAUUGUCAAACAUUGAAGAAAGGUUUUAUUGCAGUGUCUUUCGUGGCUAACACCCUUGCUACAAUGUAUAAUAAGUGUGGGAAAUUGGAUUAUGGUUUGCGGUUGUUUGAAAGCAUGACACAAAGGGAUGUGGUUUCGUGGACGACGAUUAUAAUGUCGAAUGUGCAGAUAGGUCAGGAGGAAAAUGCUGUUAAAGCAUUUAGAAGAAUGCGAGAAACAGAUGUAAGUCCUAAUGAAUUCACUUUUGCAGCUGUCAUUUCUGGUUGUGCUGCUCUUGGAAGAAUUGAAUGGGGUGAACAAUUGCAUGCACAUGUUAUACGUCUAGGUCUAGUGGAUUCUUUGUCUGUGGCCAAUUCAAUUAUGGCCAUGUAUUCGAAAUGCUGGCAGCUAGAUUUGGCUUCAACUGUGUUUCAAGGGUUGUCUAGAAGAGAUAUUAUUUCGUGGAGUACUAUGAUUUCAGGGUAUGCUCAAGGGGGCUGUGGAGAAGAAGCAUUUGAUUAUCUAUCAUGGAUGAGAAGGGAAGGGCCAAGACCGAAUGAGUUUGCUUUUGCAAGUGUGCUGAGUGUUUGUGGAAAUAUGGCAAUUCUUGAGCAAGGGAAGCAACUCCAUGCUCAUGUCUUGUGCGUUGGAUUAGAACAGAACACCAUGGUACAAAGUGCUCUAAUCAAUAUGUAUUCAAAAUGUGGGAGCAUAAAGGAAGCUUCAAAAAUCUUUGAUGAGGCAGAAUAUAAUAAUAUUGUAUCAUGGACAGCCAUGAUUAAUGGAUAUGCUGAACAUGGAUACAGCCAGGAAGCCAUUGAUUUGUUCAAGAAGCUUCCCAAGGUUGGAUUGAGGCCAGAUUCUGUGACCUUUAUUGCGGUUCUUGCUGCUUGCAGUCAUGCUGGACUGGUUGAUCUUGGUUUCCACUACUUCAAUUCUUUGAGUAAGGUCCACCAGAUUUGUCCUUCAAAAGAUCACUAUGGAUGCAUGAUUGAUCUCCUAUGCCGAGCUGGGCGAUUAAAUGAUGCAGAGAGCAUGAUCCAAAGCAUGCCAUUUCAACGUGAUGAUGUUGUUUGGUCUACUCUUCUUAGAGCAUGCAGAAUCCAUGGGGAUGUGGAUUGUGGAAAACGGGCAGCGGAAAAAAUUCUUCAAUUAGAUCCGAAUUGUGCAGUGACUCACAUUACCCUGGCUAACAUGUAUUCUGCCAAAGGAAAGUGGAAAGAAGCAGCGGAAGUAAGGAAGAUGAUGAAAUCAAAGGGGGUAGUUAAGGAACCAGGAUGGUCUUGGAUUAAGGUUAAGGAUCGAGUUUCUGCAUUUGUGUCUGGUGAUCGGUCUCAUCCAGAGGGUGAAUAUAUAUAUGAUGUGUUGGAUUUACUAGCAUCUCAAGCAGAAAUGCGUAUUCAGGAAAUAGAUUUUCUUCUUGCAGUCCAGGAAUCUCAAAGGUGAACCAAGCUUCAUUAUAACAAUGCAGAUUUUAGUGGUCUGUUAAAUCAUUUUAAUCACUUCUUUAGGAGCCACAGAUCCUAAACAAUGGAAAGGAUGUUGCAGAGUGUUGAUACAAAUCAAAAACAAUAAAUGGAAUCUGAUUUUGUCUUCAAAAAGUAAAUCAGUUGAAGGAUGAACUGAAGUAGAAGUGCAGAAAGCAUGCAUCUUGUAUGGGGUGGCAUGCCCUGGGAUUGCUAUAUUUUAUGGCAGAUUAAAGUUACAAAUGAUCCUGCUGCAAAACUGAACAGAAGCCGUAAGUCGAUCAACUGAUAAAGAGGAAUUUUAUGCAGAAACUCCUGGAAAUGAUCCUGGUUUCUGCACAUAGCAGAGAGACCUAAUUUUCAAUAUCAUCACUAUCUUUUGCAGCAGCUUAAAGUUUACAAAUGAAUCUGCCAAGCUGAAGAAUAGUCAUAGGCUGAUCCACCAAAAAUUGGUUCAGAGGAAUGUGAGGGCAUGCUUCUAUCAUUUAUACCUUGCACAUUAAGGGAAGAAGUCUUUCAAUUUCAGCAAAAUCCCAUCUUCUGCCCAUGAUCUUGCGUGAAGAGUUUAUUUGCAUUUUGGAGAAAAUUUCUGGACAAAAGCAUUCCAGUUUCAAUCCAACUGUUUCUGAAGGUCAUGUUCUUAUCUCUUGUGGAACUUGUUGUGAUAACCUAUCCCACCUAAAAGGGAAGAUGGUAGAGUUACAACAGCAAAUUGAAGGUUCAAAAUGUUAACCUUCUUGUGGAACUAGUUUUUGUCGAUGGUCUUUUCCUUGACCCUUUUUGUCUAACAACAUUAAUAUCAAGAUGUCCCAAGUUUUCAAA